AGUAUCUCUUUGUAGAUGGUUUGCCUCUUUUUUUUAUGUCAGUUUUGGAUUAUUUUUAAGUUAAGUUUUUAUUUCACGUCAUUGUUUUGGGUCUCCUGUGUACUUUCUGCUUCUUAAUUUAGUUGCUGGUACCUUUGUGAAUCCUUAGCCUUGAAGUAUUUUAUCUUUUUGUGGUUAUUUUGCAUCUCUUUAGAAUAUUCUGUCACUGCUUAGAGGUGGUGGAUGAUCUGAUAUUAGUCGGCCGUGUCUCGUUUAGGUUGUUCUGUCUGUUGUACUUAUUGUUCCUACUUUAUCUUCUCAUUUAAAAUUUUUUUCUUUGAAAUUUCUCUUUUUAAAAACACAAAAAAACAAAAACAAAUGCCAGCUUUGUGACACUGACAUUAAAUCGCCCCUGAAGCCCCCUCCAGUGUCGCCCCUGCUCGCAUGUGAAUCAAAGCUAAAAGCUGGUCCAUCUAAAUGAAGCAAAACAGAGUGUGCGAACAUUGUUUUUUUCUUUUUUCUUUUUUAAUGCUGUUAUUUUUCUUUUUUGUUUGUAGCUGGGAUCAUGCAGUAGUAGUGUGACUUCCAGAUCCUGUGACCUCUCCACAGUCUGAUCAAGAUGGCGGCCUGACUGGAGCGUUCACCCCUCUUUAGCGAAGCUAACACAGAACCCCCCAAAACACAACCUUCUGCUCGUUGAAGGAUGUCACGACGGCGUGUGCUUCUGUUUUAAAUCCUAACCGGAUUACACGGGACUUGGAGUUAUGGAAUAAAAAUAGCGCCGGAAGUGGAGUUGAUUCUUCUUGUUUGUUUCCAGGAAGUGGAGUUGAUUCUUCCUGUUUGUUUCCAGGAAGUGGAGGAUCUGAGGCCCAGCUGUUGUAGUCCAGCAUGGACAGCUUCUUCAAGGCAGCUGUGUGUGAUCUGGACAAACUGCUCGAUGACUUUGAGCUCAACACUGAGGAACUUGAAUGCCGUCCCGUUUUCCUGAAGCCCUCCUCGUACCCUUUCUCCUCUCUGGGCCCUCAGUGUUUACCCUCGGCCCCACCGAGCCUCCCGGACCUCAACUCUCUCCAUUAUGGCUCCGCCACCAGCUGCCCCGACACCUCCAGCUCCUGCAGGGAGCCGGGCCAGCAGCCUCUCACCGGCGUUGACCUCCUGUCGUCGGUGGAUCACCGGCCGGCUAAAAGCUCCGCCCCUCCCUGCCCGGACCGAGCUCUGAAGCCCGUGUGCGACCUCGUCAGCGACGCGAGCGCCGCCAUCUUGGUCCGGGCAGACAGCCACGAUGCCUUCAGCGAGCUGGACGUGGUGGAGAAGCAGAUGAUGGAGGAGGAAGAGGUAAAGGAGGUGGAGGAGGAGAAGGAGGAGCAGGAGCAGGAGCAGGAGCAGACAGAGGCGCUGCUUGUGGACUUUGACAGCCCCGUGGUUGGGGAGGAGCUAAGCAGCUUUAGAGACGCUGGGGAGGAGCAGCAAGCGUCUUUGGGGAAUGAACUGAGCGGCGGGUACUCGUCUUCCCUCAGUCUGCUGGACGUCAUCCUUCCUGCGGCGGUGGAAAAGAGCGGCGAAGCCUCGGACGAUUUACCGUCGCCACCGGUGACGACGUCCGGCGAGUCGAGAGAGGAGAAAGAGGAGAAAGAGGAGACGGGCGAUGGCGAAGAGGUGACGGAGGCUAACUCUGUAGAGCAAAGUGAGACGGUUAAAGAAACUGACAAAGAGGACGAGGUGCAGGAAGUCAGAGACUCGGGAUCCUCACACGAUGAACCGGUGAGUUUGUCGUGUCUGCCCUGCGCCGUGUCCAUGUGUGGAGCUCUGGUGAACUCAAAGGACAAAGAGGACGAGUCGGGGAAAGCUACAGAUGUGUCUGAGAGCGCGGAGGCAGACUCUCUGUCAGAGGUCAAAGACCAAGCCCAGGAGGAAGUAGCACAACCAGCAGAGGACAGACUGUCUCCAGAGGGACAGCAAGUCCACCCUGAACCGUCUCCUUACCCUGUUGCUGCUGAAGAGCUUCCCUCCCACGGCUCAUGCUCGGAGCCCAGUCCCGUGGAUCCUCCUGAGUUCGGCUUCGAGUAUCUGCCCGAGAGCGACCAGGCCGAGCUGCUGGUCACCGACGAGGAGCUGGAUGCGUUCCUCCAGGCUCACACCGAAGCAGAGCAGGGUACAGGUGGGGUUUCUUGUUGCAGUAGCUCUGUAGAUUUUACUCUGCCGGAGGACAGGCUGGUGGAACAGGAGCCCAGGAGUUGUGGUCGAGGGACGUUGGAGGACGAGGUGGAGAGUCUGGCUUCUCCUGAAAGUGACAGGACGAGUUUUAACCCCGGAGCUCCGUCAGUUUCACAGGAUGGGAACUAUUCUUUAAACACUUUCCAGUCCCAGCAAGGCUGUAGCCCCGAUCUACAGCCCACCUACGGAGGAGCCAGACCCAAACAGCUGUACUGCCAAGCUGCAAGAUCUCCACCAGCAGGAGGCGAAGAGGAAGGAGGAGGAUUAGGAGCAGAGACUCCCAGUCCUUCUGCUUCUGCAGUAGCAGAGGAGGAGUGUUCACUCGUAAGCCCCAGUCUCACAGAGGAACACUCCAACUUCAGGGACUACAGUCCCACAUACGCCACUCAGGAUUAUAGCGUGGGCUACGAUGAACUCUCCGAGCCGCCGCCGUACCCCGGGGAGCCCUCCACCGACGGGCCCCGGCCGGGGAGCUGGAAGAGGGAGGGGGUGGAGGAGCUGGGGAGCAGACAACCUGAGUGGGUGCCCGACUCCGAAGCUCCCAACUGUAUGAACUGCAGCCAGAGGUUCACCUUCACCAAGAGGAGGCACCACUGUCGAGCCUGUGGGAAGGUUUACUGCGCCGUGUGCUGCAACAGGAAGUGUAAGCUGAAGUAUCUGGAGAAAGAGGCUCGAGUGUGCGUCAUCUGCUUCGACAGCAUCCACAGAGCUCAGGCCCUGGAGCGGAUGAUGACCCCUACGGGUCCCAGCCCGAACCCCAACGUGCCCUCUGAGUACUGCAGCACCAUCCCUCCUCUCCAGCAGGCUCGCGCCGCCGGCACCCUGAACUCUCCUCCGCCCACCGUCAUGGUUCCUGUGUCUGUCCUCAAACACCCCAACAACGAUGGUUGUCCCCGUGAACAGAAGCGAGUGUGGUUUGCUGAUGGCAUCUUGCCGAACGGAGAGGUGGCGGACACCAGCCGGCUGUCGGUGACGAGCCGCAGGAGCUCGCAGGAGUUCAGCGGCGUCAUCCCAGAGCUGACAUCACCUGGUUCAGCUGGGUCAGAGGUUGGAGUCGGUGGCUCUGCCCCCCCCGAGGCUUCUGGGAGCGUGGAGGUGGUGCGACCUCCUCCCUCUGGACCCUGGGACUAUGCUUUACUGGCUGGAAUCGGUUCUUCGGUGAACAGGGUUCCCAGUCUGCUGCCGGACAACGAGGACGAGCUGCCACCGCUGCUCAUCAUCACCGGAGAGGAGGCGGGAGGAGAAGUUCUGGUGGAGGUGAGUCCUGCUCCGUGUCAGAUCCUGCACCUCCUGGAGGAGGGAGGCCCCCGCCCACUGACGUUCAUCCUCAACGCAAACCUGUUGGUCAAUGUCAAACUCGUCACAUACUCCGGUAAACAGUGCUGGUGCUUCGGCUCCAACGGUCUCCAGGCUCUGGGACAGAAGGAGGUGGUUUUCCUGCUGGAGUGUCUCCCUGAGGAGAAAACUCUUCCUAAGGACCUGUUCACUCUCUAUCUCAGCCUGUACCAAGACGCCCAGAAAGGGAAGUUCCUGGAGGAGCUGGAUAACGUGACGUUCACCAGCAGCUUCCUGGGGAGUAAGGAUCACGCCGGGAUGCUGUUCUUCUCUCCCACCUGUCAGCCUCUGGAGGGCCUCACUCUGCCGCCGCAGCCUUUCCUCUUCGGCCUCCUCAUCCAGAAGCUGGAGGUGCCCUGGGCCAAAGUCUUUCCUCUGAGGCUGCUUCUGCGGCUCGGAGCCGAGUACAACGUGUAUCCGACUCCGAUGAUCAGCAUCCGCUUUCGUGACUCGGUGUAUCGGGAGACGGGACACACCAUCAUGAAUUUAUUGGCUGACCUGAGGAACUACCAGUACAGCCUGGCGGUGGUGGAGGGUCUGAGGAUCCACAUGGAGAUGGGCCACAGCUACAUCGACAUCCCCAAGAGUAGCUUCAACGAGAUGCAGAAGGUGGUGAACUCAUCCAACGAACACGUGAUCAGCAUCGGAGCCAGAUUCAGCUCCGAGGCCGACUCUCACCUGGUGUGUUUCCAGAACGAGGACGGAAACUAUCAGACGCAGGCCAACAGCAAGCCAGGCAAGACCCGGACAGUGACUGGAGCCAGUUUUGUCGUUUUUAACGGAGCCCUCAAAGCCUCCUCAGGCUUCAUCGCCAAGUCCAGUAUCGUCGAAGACGGGUUGAUGGUUCAAAUCCCUCCGGAGACCAUGGAGUCUCUGCGCUCGGCUCUGAGGGACCAGACCGACUUCCACAUCCCCUGCGGCCGGAACGACGGCGCCGAGGUCCGAGAGAACGUCACCGUCCGCUGGGUUGACUGGAGUUCACCGGUCAACACGGGUAAAACCAGCGGCGUCGACGGUCGACCUCUGGACGGAGUUCGCAGCGUUAGGAUGCAGCAGGACGCAGACUUUGAGGUGGACGGUCGCACCAUCAGAUGCACCGAGGUUUUCUACCAGCUGAAGUCUCCUGAUGGUGGCGCUAGUCUGGCCUCGGUGCUGGCGUCCUGCAGCGUGUUUCAGAAGGAGAUGGCGUUGGCGACCUGCAGCGCUCUGACGCCUCAUCUCGCCGUCCUCGCCGCCAGCGCCAUCAACUCGCUGUCGCUGCGCGUCUCCACUCAGGACGACAUGGUGGAGUACCAGGCGGGUUCAGGAGGCCGACUCCUCCCCCAGCGCUACAUGAACGAGAUGGACAGCGCCCUGAUCCCGGUCAUCCACGGAGGCAGCGCCAGCGUCCCGCAGACCGCCAUGGACAUGGAGUUCACCUUCUACAUCACACACGUCAUCUAACGCCGUCUGAACGGGGUGAAAGUAAAAAAAAAACAAAUCCACUGCAGCAGCUGGACGGACGUAGAGGGACGUAGAGGGACGUAGAGGGACGUGUUGAACCAAAGCUGCUUUAACGCAAGAAGCCAAACACUAACACAAGGACGACCAAAUGCAAAACAAACUGAAACUCGGCCUUCAGGCUCCUCGCUGGCCUCCGGCCGCUCGGACCAGCUCGGUGAAUGUUUCCCCUCAGACGCUCGGGCGACACGUCUCUCGUUUGGAUGUAUUUAUUAUAUUAAAAAAAAAAAAAAAAACUAAUUAAAAUGGGCUCAUGGACUGAAAUGACGACAUGGAAGCAAAGGGAGAGGUGAUAUCAGGUGCUAAUGUAGAACAUCACUUCCUCUCAAGACACAAAGGUUCAUGAAGAGGCUGAACAGGAAGACGAUGAACCGGCCUCAUGCAGGAACAGCUAAACCCCCCCACCCCAAAAAAUACUGAGGUAUUUCAUUCAUAAAGACUAAAACUCAGUAGCAGUUGCUUAAAAAUAUGCAAAUCAAAGGGUCAGAUCAUAAAUAUCAGUAAAUACGUUGAUUGUUAAAAGCCGAUCGGCUCCGAGCACAAAAGGAGAAACAGGAAGUGUUGAAAGUUAAAACUAGAAUGAAUGAAGCUUAGAGAAGCUGUUAGCUGCGAGGCUACGAAGAAUCGCUUCGUCUUAGCAUCCAUGCUAACUGCAGCUCUUCCUGUUUCCUCUUUUGAGAGAUGAAUCCAGACUACUGCCCCCUGCUGGUACGAGGAGUUAUUUCCUCUCAGGUGUAGAACCAGCUGGUUCUUGGCUCUAGUUUUUUUUUUUUUGGUGCGUUCAACCUUUUCUGGUCCAGUCAUUGGUGCCAGAUGUUCUGAACAUCCGCUAGUUUAAAAAAUAAAAAAAGUAAAUUUCUAAAUGUGAGGAAAGUUUGAGGAUUUAAGAUAAAACAGCAAAUGUUUAUAUCUAAAAUAUAAAACAUGAGUCUGAGUUCAGUUCUUUAAAAGAAGCUCAGCAGCAGCAGCUGAGGAUUUUUAUUUUCUCUCUCUAUAUUUACAGUUAUAUUAACUUGUAAUGAAUUAAUCCCGUCUAAGUGUUUUUCUGCUGCUGCCUCAGAAACGAAUCUGUCCUGCAUGAGGCUCCGUGUUCGUCACUGACGACGUUUCACUUUUAACCGGCCGCUUCGUUAACAGGUUCCUUUGCUCUAAAGUCUGAACAGUGUCCGUAUAUUUUCUGUUAGCAUCGUUUCCUGGAUGAAUUUAGAAAAAAAAAGAAAGAAAAGGUGGAGGGUGAAAAUGUUAAAAGUGAUGCUGGUGUUUGGAAACGUGACCGACACUAAAGUUUAAUCUGACGCUGAGCAGGAGGAAAGAUGUCGACCCUUUAGUUUUAUAUGAAGGAGAAGGACGUUCACUCGUUAUAGGACUCAGUCAGGCUAAGCUAGGACGCAGUUAGCUUAGCUUAGCAUGAAGACACAUAACUGGAAGCUGCUACAAAGCUAACAAAACUAGCUUAAAGCUCAGAAUCGCCACAUUAGUUACACUAGUGAAUAAUGUAACAGUCCUGCUUUACAUCUUCAUGGACGUUCUGGUGUUAAAAUAACUCAGAUGUUGAGUCAACUCGGUUUUUAUGUUGUAAUAUUAUUCAACUGACCCGUGUUUCUAUUAUUUUGACUUUUUAUUCAACCUUACAUCAAAGAAAGAUGCAACCUGACUAAAACAAGUCAAAACAAGUCACAAAAACAGACAAAAACAAACCAAAUGAGACACAGAAAGAUGAAAAAUCAACCACAACAGUACAGUAAAAGUAAAAGACGACAAAAAGCUCCAACAAAACAUUACAGAUGACUGAUUUAGUGCAGGACUGAUAUGUUAGAAUGAAUAUACUAGUGUACCUAAUGAACUGGCAAGUGAGUGUAUUAAUAUUUGACCAAACUUGACUAAAAUGACAAAAAGAGAGAAAACUAUUUAAGACACAAAAUAUUCUAAAUUACCUGAAAACAACCACAACAAGAACACAAACUGCCUGCUUCACUGCUUCACUGAUGUACCUAAUGAACUGGCGUGAGUGUGAUGAGAUGAAGUUCAAUAACUUGUUGGUUUGUUGUCGUUGCACGGAGCCAGGCUAGCUGUCGUUAUGCUAAGCUACGCUAACCGCUUCCUGUUUGAAUGUGUUUUCCCUCCCGGUGAAAAGCUUCAGAUUCGUUCGUAUCUUUGAAGCUCGGAGGCACUUUAGGAGCUUUUCACCGCGGCGGCCAUGAAGGUGUUAUCAGGUUCCCCUCAGACCCCGGAGCUGGAUCACGUCCCACGGGUGCAGGGGGGGGGGGGGGGGGGGGUCGCGUCCCAGUAAAACUAAAACCGGGUUAGCCUGAAACGUUUGAAGAAGCUUUGUGCAAACCCCCGUUAUCUGAGGUUAUCGGCGUUUCAGUGCAGAGUCUGUAUGAAACAUGGACUGUAUGAACACAGAUUGUAUCAAACCUUUUGUUUUUGGGGGGAGGGGCUUGUUUUAAAUAUUGAAGACUUAUUUUUGGAAGCAUUGUUAUAAAAUAAAAUACAGAAUAAUAUUUUUGAUAGGAAGUAAGGCUACGUCGUCAGUUUGUGUAGCGCGUUAAAACUUAAUUCAAUAAAUAAACAAAUAGUUUUGUCACAAUGUGGAAAAUGUGUCGAGCUAAAAUGUGCUUUACUUUGGCAUGAAUGUGUUUAGACCUCGGCCUCCGCUCUGAUAAUAAUUCUGUUAAAAACUAAAACGUCCUCUCAGCUCCUUGUGAAACCAGUUCGUCCCACAUCAGCUGUGUUUAGUAAACACUGACCCACAUCUCCGACCUCUCCGGGAAAUUACUUUUAUACACGACUGACAAAUGUGCUCUGAAGGAAAAGUUAAAGAGGCUCGUUCUCCGAGAGGAUCUUUAAAACGAAGAAAUAUCGUAAAUUUGCUUUUCUGAACUUUUUCACAAAUACGUUGAUGUUGAAUUUAUCUGUUUGAAAAACAUAUUAAUCGAAAAUGUCUUUUUUUUUCUGCCAAAAUGUCCAAACAAAAUCUUCUUUGGAGUCUUGUGAAAGAACUUGUUUUAAUUUAAAAGAAAAACUGAACUCUAGUGUUUUCUGUGCCCCACCAUCAACCCCAACCUCCUCCUACUGAAAACAACUAAUUCUCUCAACAUCACACUUUUGUUUGAAUUUAUCGACACAACAAACAUUAACAAAAAAACACAAAUCUCCAUUUUAACUUGUUAAUAAUAUUAAUUAAAUUUAAAUCUAAACUGAAAUCUGUAUUUUCUCCGCCCACCAUCGGCCCCAACCUCCUCCUGGUGGAAUCUAAAUGAAUUCACAUGUGCCUGUAUCGUAACUUUGUUACAGAGUUGCACUUGUUUUGAAUUUAACCACAGCACCAACAAGAAAAGUCCAAAAUUUGUAUGAAUGUCAACGCUGCUGUCUGGUGUUUUCUAGGCCCCUCCAUCAGCCCCAACCUCCUCCCACUGACUCCAACACAAGUCAUUGAUUCCAUCGUAACGAAACUAAAAUGUCUCUGUGUCAAACCCUUUUUCUUGGUUGAGGCUGAAAUUUUUUGCUCUAAUCCAGGAAAUAACUUGGGAUCGAUUUCCGUUUAAAAACUUAUACUCAAACUGAGAGGAGUGUUUUCUACACCCCACCAUCCACCCCAGCCUCCUCCUACCGACUACGAAACAAACAAAACAAAACAAACUGAUCCGUCGUUAUGACUCUAAUUUCUUGGAGAUUCGUUGUCAUCUUUUUAAAGUUUUAUUUUAUUUUUCUUGACACAAAACUACAAAGCUUUGAAACUUCUUGUUUCUUCCUCUUUUUGUCGCCUUAAAUCCACGUUGUUGUUCUGUUUAGACUCUGACUGCCUGUGUUUGGGAAAUGAUGUUGUUUUAAUUUACACAAACUGAAACCAAACGCCACUUCCUGGCGUUUCGUACGCCCGCCAUCCGCCCCGACCUCCUCCCUCUGGAAUCUGAAUCCGUUCACACGUCGGAUCAAACAGGAUAAAUUGCGUCUAAUCUUAAAUUCUGACGGUGUCUUUGUAGAUUUAAUCCCUGGGCUCAUAAAAUGUGACUGAACUCUUCAAUGAUUAACCAGUGAAGACUUUCUCUGCGUCGCCCGUCGGUUUAAUCAUUCUCUGAUUUGUCUUUUGAGAGUAUUGAUCUCCACAAAGUCCACGUUUUUCUUUUUUUUUUUCUUCUGACGGCUGAACUUUGUAUCCUGGAACCAGACGAGCUUGAGCCAGUUCUCUGAAUCCUUUACUUUAUAUUUUGGGAGCUGGAUUAUUAUUAUUGUUAUUAUUAUUAUUAGAUGAUGAUGAUGAUGAUGACGUUGUUCCACUUUGUCAAAAUGAGAAACUCUUUCUGAUUGUUUUUGGAUUUUCUUGUGAAAUCAUCUAUUUAUUCAUAACACCAGCUUUAUUUUGGUGACUCCCCCACGGUCUCGGGCUCUGAACCGGUUCCUGAACAGCUUCUGUAUUUAAAGAAUAAAAUUACUUUUAUGGGAAAAUUUUAAAAA